UGUUUAUUAGCUCCAUGAUCAAAGCAGGGCAUGCUAGCAUCAACUGGACUGUAAGUACAUAUACCACCAUUUCCUCCUUAAUGAUCUAUUUUAUGAUGGACCUAUGUGAUCUACGACACGACUACCGGGAUGUUCGAUUGAUCAGUGUGUUUUGGUUGGAGUGGUGUCAGCCAGUGGUGUCAGCCAGCUAAUAUUGAUCCUAAAGGUAAACUGGGAUAUGUAUCCAUGUGUCGAUGGCAGACAGUGACGUUGGAUGAUGCAAUUUAGACAAUAAGAAAAGUGGAAGAGGAUGAAGAUGAAGAAAGGGCUUUCUACGACCACCAUGGGCAAUUAAAUCGAUUUUUUUCCACGUUCAGGUGAUGCAGGAUUUAACACAUAGCAAGCUGCCAAGUCGAAAUCUGCAGGAUAGCCCUGCAUGCUUUGCAACAUUAUGACUCGAACCGCUCGGAGAAAGGGAACCAUCUGCCAUCAGCAUGAUCAGGCAAAUCUUGACUACGAUCCUGUUCAAGCGAAUGCACAGGACAUUACCCAGAUGGAUGCCGACAACAAGAGCGACAGAUCAUCUGAGACAUCAUGGAAAGCUAUUCUCAAGAGAUUAUUCUACAAUCAUAGAGGUGUGAUCUGGGCCAUUAUAUCCGUCUGUGUCGGUACAGCAAGCGUCGUAUGUAUCAAACUUCUGGCAGGAAAAGUAGCAGCUACCCAAAUACUCUUUUUUCGAGGGCUGGCCCAGGUGAUAUUCUCUUUGCCGCACCUUAUGUUUUAUAAGAUUUCGCUACGGUUCCCUGUGAAAAUAGCGCUGUUGAUAUUGAUGAGGGCAUUGGUCGGAUCGCUUAGUGCUCUUCUAAACUACUUCGCCUUCCAGGUUAUCCCAGUUGCAACAGCUAAGGCGUUGCUCUACAGUUCGCCUCUCUUUACUGGCAUCUUUGCCCGGGUAUGUCUUGGAGAACGUUGUUCCGUUCCAAUUGUGUUCUUCGCCUUCUUAACCGUCAUAGCUGUCACCAUGGUCGUUCAACCAUCAUUUAUAUUUGGCGGUGGUGACAUCGUACAAUCGAGUGGAGUAAUAUGCGCAAUCAUAGGUGCCGCUGUCAUGGCUAUAAACACAAUCAUCUUACGAUUCAUGCAAAUUUUACGUAUUGAUGCAUUCGCCAUCAUUUUCAUCUACGGGUUCAUCGCCAUGUUCUGCAGUAGUGUCACAUCCAUAAUACUUGGUGAGUGGACAAACCCUCAUUGUGGGAUCGAUCGUUGGUUAGUAAUAGGCCUGGCGAUGUCAGGAUUCCUAGAGCAAGUCUCAGUUACACUAGCUCUGAAGACCGAACCAGCACUGGUUGUUUCUAUUAUCCGGACAAAUGAUAUUUUCCUCUCUUUCGUGUUUGACUUACUCAUAUUCGACAUCGUACAUAAUGCAUGGACCAUCGUCGGAGCGGUUUUAGUUGUCGGAAGUGCCGUUGGGAUGACGAUAUCGGCAAAUCAUGAACAGAAGAAACGGAUGAAGGAGGAGGCCGAAGAGGGAGAACCUUAGUUCAGGCAUAGUAAGCAUUCGGAGGGCGCCCUUCCCUGGUUAUUUUUCCCCUUCAUAUUUUUUCUUUCAAAUAGGCCCAAUGCCUAUUGCAAAUUCCAUGUGUUCCACCCUCAGGUCAUAUUUAUGUAUAAAAAAAGAAAAAAAAAAGGCAUUCAGAUACUCGGGGUAAUCAUAUCUAUUUUCUUUGUGUUGUAAUCAAUAUUUAUUAGAUAAAUUGUUACUUUUGCAAAAGAAAGCACUUCGUAUUAUUUAUAGUACAUGUUU